AUCUAAAGCCUUUAGAUUUCUAGAGGAGACCGGCAUAGUCACGCGCCGCUCCUUUUCACCCGUCCACGAACUUUGCGCACUGACAUGAGUAAUUGCCAUAUUAGCUUGCCCUCACAGAGCAGGAUGCUUCAACCCAUUUCACCAAUUAACCGAAUUCCGAACGAGCUGUUGGUCAUAAUCCUCACUUACACCUGCACAAAGAAUAGCAUCAUAGACCCAAAGCGUAGGUACUCAAUGCAUGUUAGCGCUGUGUGCAGUCUAUGGCGCGAACUGGCCUUAUCGUAUCCAACACUCUGGUCUCAAUUUGAGGUGUUUCUUGGCGGCGAUCCUGAGGACUCGGAUUAUGAGAGUGAUGCAGAUGACCCCCCUCAGGCGAAGGCUAGAGUCAACACGUUUUACCGGCAGCUCGAAUGUAUUCUGGAUAUCUACCUCGAACGUUCGAAACAAGAGCUCCUCAGUGUGAGGAUUGAUGCCAGCCUAAUAUGGGUGAACGGCGAACAUCCAGUCUUCGCCAAACUCGCACGGUCUUCCUUUCGGUGGAAAUCCGUCGACUUCUCAGUAUAUCUUCUCCUACUCCAUCUUUACCCUAGUCUAAAGGAAUUGCAACUUCCGGAACUCGAAACAGCUUCGAUUUUCCAGGAAGGCGACGAGGAACAGGGAGCACUCAGCAUUUUCGCUCAUGCUCCCAAGUUGCGCUGCCUCGAAAUCGGUUUUGGAGGUUUCUCCCUGGAACCCACUGUCUUGAAUUCAAUCACAAAAUUGGAAUGUUGUCCAGACUCCGAUGAUUUCUACCACAUGCUCGAGAUGUGUCCCAACCUUCAACACCUUACGAUCCUUGACAUUCCAUUGUCCCGAGAAGAUCAAAACCUUAUUUCUGAUCCACCCCGGAAACUGUCUAUUCUGUCGUUGAAAGUCAGCGCGACUCGUUUAUCCAGUCAACCCAAGCUAUUUCAAGCCACACUUCUCUCUUUCAUAGCGCCCUCCCUCACUGCCCUUACGAUUGGGCUUAACGAAUACGGCUUGCUGAGUAAGCGACGAAAAUUAAAUUUCGAAAUCUCGGCCUUGGCUAUAGAACUUUUCCUUGCUCGCUCCAAGUGCACUCUGACAACAUUAACUCUAGACGGUAUAUUGAUGACUGAUGUGGAUGUUGUGAACCUCCUGGAAUGUGUUCCUUCCGUACAAGAACUCACAAUCAGAGACCCUCCCCUCAUUGGGAAAACCCUCAAACAUUCCCCUCCCGUCUCAAAGCACCUAUGCCGUUCUCUGAACCCAAAUUUAUCCGAUAAAGACAUUCCCAUUCUUCCCUGCCUUCGCUCGUUGACUCUAAAGUCGAGGUCUAAAAAUUUCGACUCCGAGGAGUUCAUCUCCACUGUACGGUCUCGAUGGCUACCCGACGUAGAUGCCGCCUCCAAAGUUGGCAUUCAGUGCUUGCGUUCGAUAGAGCUCUACUUCAGACAUCCCUUCCAAGGGACUCAUUAUCUUCCUUUAAACCUCAUCGAGGAGUCGGGGAUGCGAGUGGUCGUCAAGUUGGAAUCAGAAGAGAUGCGUUUUUUCGAGAUCCACUCGGAAGAAGAAGAAGUUAAUAGCGAUGCGGAGGAAGAGAAUUCUUAUGAAGAUGGAUCUACAUCUGAACUUGGGUCUGAUGAUGUAGAAUGAGAUUUGAGUUGGGCAGCACUCGACGUUUACUUUUUCACUAUGAAGAAUCGGGUUUGUAUGUAUCUCAUAGGUCUGUCUGCUUGACUUUAUAAUUUUUAUUAUAAUCUUGAAACGUAGACUAGUGCGGAGCGCAACAAGGAGUAGGUAAAUGUGAACCAAAAUACAAAUGAACUCAAGAGGCAAUAUG